UCAUAUACUUGUUUCGAGUCUUGGACUAUCUGCUGUACAUGAGAAUGAAGACACUGCGUGUACAAUUAUUGCUCUCACUCGUGUUCAUACUGUCUACUUCAAGCUAUGCUACAAAGUUGGACCUCGGACUUACGAAGCACCUCUGCGAGAACGACCCGCCAUACGAACUGAAAUCAUUGUGCAGGUCUAAGUUUGGUGUCACGUGUCCAUCUGAAGUCAAGUUAGGAGACUGGGAAUACACUCUGAUCGAUGUCAACAGCUCGGUCAAUAGUACCGAGGCCAUUUAUUGCCCCGGAGAACAAUUGCUGAAGUACGAAAGACGAACUAAUCUUUUCUCUGUUCCUUCCGAAUGUCGUUCAGGCGUGCGCAUCGGUGCAGAACAACAGUACCGAUGUCCACCUUCUCUACCAGAAAAGGCCAUUCUUCUAGGACGCAUAUUUGGCAGUUUCGGCUCACCUUCAGCCAAUACUCUACACGUGCAACCUCCUGCAGCUGCUGCGACAGAAGACGUGCCGUCGUCACAUAGAAGACGGAAACGACACGUCGGGUGCCAAAAUCUCAUCGACCUCGCCAUUCUCAUCGAUUCUUCUGUCAGCAUUUCGAGGACUAACUUUUCCAAAGCCCUCGACGAUUUGGCCUCACUGAUAAGAUACACUUGCAAUGACUUCACGUGUGAUAGUGGUCCGCGGGUUAACUUGGCUCUGGUGACGUUCGGGUCUACAAGUUCUACAAUCUUUAACUUUGCCUACUCGAAAAAUUACCAUGGCAGCCUUAAUAGCAUGGUAAGCAGCAUCUACAGAGCAAGAUACUUAGGCGGAGGCACUCAAAUGGCGACGGCUCUAAACUACGUCAAUAACUACAUUUUUACUUCCUACAGAGGUAUGAGAGAAUGCAGUGAAAGAAGGCUCAUUGUACUAACUGACGGUCUUAUUCCCGAUCGGGCAAACGUCCGAGCAGCGACUGCAAGCUUGCACAACAAUAAGAAGGUGGACGUUUACGCUUUUGGCAUUGACUGGGUAUCCAAAACUGGACUGCGAGAUCUUGUGCGCCUUAGCUCCGAGACCAGCAACAACAUUCUGCCUUACUUAUCCUACCCGAGUUAUCUUGCCUUUACAUCGGCAGUUGAAUAUAUUGCGAACUUAAAUAAUUACUAUGGCACAACCUGCCGUCAUUCUGCUCUCAAGAAAUGAUCGAGCAGUGAACAAUGAGUGACUGUACUAGUAGCUGUUGGUAGCUACAGUCGUAUGAUUUUGUCUGUCGUUCUUGGUUUGAAAAUCGCAAUUUGUUGCUGUGCGUGUUGUAAUCAAACAAGAUUCAGGUUAUAAAAA